AACUUGUAUAUAUCUAUAAUAGAAACCAUGUGUGUUUGGCUCGUGUCUCAUCUUAUGGCCUUUAAAAGGGAUCAUAGUAUAGCUUGGACUCUUUCUGCCGUCUAUGAUCUCUUUCAAUCUCUCAUCUAAGAUCAACCUAUCAUCUAAGUUCUCUCUCUCUUGAUCUGUAUUUUCAUCUCUCUUUCUCAUCAAUGGGUUCGAAUUUUCAUUACUCUAUAGAUCUAAACGAAGAUCAAGACCAUCAUGAAGAGCCCUUUUUCUAUCCUCUUGGAUCCUCUUCGUCUCUUCUUCAUAAUUAUCAAGUUCCUUCUAAUUCUUCGUCUUCUUCGUCGUCCAUUUCUUCUCUCUCCUCCUACCUCCCUUUCUUGAUCAACUCUCAAGACGAUCAACAUGUUGCCUGCAACAACACUUAUCAAUAUGAACAUUUCCAUCUUUCUCAACCCCUCAAGGCCAACAUGUUUAACGGUGGAUCAUCAUCAUCUUCGUACGAUCGUAUGGUGCCAAAGAAGGAGACAAGACUGAAACUAACGAUAAGGAAAAAAGAUCAUCACGACGACCAAACUGAUUUUCUUCAUCACCCGACAAAACCCAAUUCAGACUCCGACAAGUGGAUGAUGUCCCCAAAGAUGCGGUUGAUUAAGAAAACAAUCACCAACAAUAAACAGCCCACUGAUCAGGCUAAUAACAACAACAAUCGUAAUCAUAAAGAAGAUCACUACCCUUUUAAUCAGAAGACUAGUUUCGAAAAAGAUCACGAUGAAGAUCUCAAGAAAGUCACGACCACGGCCGUCACCACGGAAAAUCGCUACAAUACAAUCAAGGAUAAUGGUUAUGGUAAUAACAAUGGCGUGAUUAGGGUUUGUUCCGAUUGUAACACUACCAAGACUCCUCUUUGGCGAAGUGGGCCUCGAGGUCCCAAGUCUCUUUGUAACGCAUGUGGCAUAAGACAAAGAAAGGCGAGGAAGGCCGCGAUGGCUGCAGCCGUCGCUGCGGGCGACCAAGAAGUGGUGGCGGCACAGCUGCAACAGAUACCUGCGAAAAAGAAGUUGCAAAGCAAGAAAAAACGAUCCAAUGGAGGAGACAAAUUUAAUCUCUCUCCUCCGGUAAUGUCCAAGACAAAAAAGUGCAAGAUCAAAGAACAAGAACAGGAGGACACGACCACGGUUGCCGGAGAUUCAGAAAUCAGCAAAUCAACAACCUCUUCUGAUUCUUCAAUCUCGUCGAACAAGCUGUGCUUCAAUGACUUGACGAUAAUGUUGAGAAAAAGCUCAGCUUAUCAACAAGUGUUCCCACAAGAUGAGAAGGAAGCUGCUAUAUUGCUCAUGGCUCUAUCGCAUGGAAUGGUUCAUGGCUGAUCAGAUCAUUACACGAUAUCUUCUGGUUACAGAAAAGAGGUUUACUUCAUAAUUAUAUAUACCAUAGUAAGCAAAAUAAUGAUUGAUUGUUAAAUCUUGGAGUGAUUAAUGUAGUUUUUGCAGUUGGUCUAAUAUGAGAAGUCAAAACAUAAUAUAUAAGAGUGUGCGAGAGUUCAGUAUAAUAAUUAAUAUAUCUAUAGAUGUUUUGGGAGAUUUUGGUUUAGGGUUUAUGUUGUGUUUUUCCCAGAUGGAGCAUUAAUCACUCGAUAAUGUGCGAGUGUUCUUGCUUAUUUACAUCUUCAUAUUUUUGUUUUAUGUGAUUUGAGAAAUAAUAUAAUCAUGAAGAGUAUUUCUCUUAUCUU